AUGGAGCUGGACCACAAGCCGCCCACCCGGGAGGAGAUCAUUCCCGAGCUGGCCUCAAGUUACCGCUCGCUCCUGAAGAACCUUGGCGAGGACCCGAACCGCGAGGGCCUGCUGAAGACGCCCCUGAGAGCUGCCAAGGCCAUGCUCUUCUUCACCAAGGGCUACGACCAGACGAUUGAGGACGUCAUGAACGACGCUGUGUUUGACGAGGACCAUGACGACCUGGUGAUCGUCAAGGACAUCGAAAUGUUCUCCGUGUGUGAGCACCACCUGGUUCCCUUCUGGGGCAAGGUGUCCGUCGGUUACCUGCCCAACAAGAAGGUGCUCGGCCUCUCCAAGGUAGCGAGGAUCGUGGAGGUGUUCAGCCGACGACUUCAAGUUCAGGAACGCCUCACGAAGCAGAUCGCUUUGGCACUGGUGGAGGCCAUUCAGCCGACCGGUGUGGGCGUGGUGGUGGAGGGCACACACAUGUGUAUGGUGAUGCGCGGCGUGCAGAAGGUCAACGCGAAGACGACUACCUCAACGAUGCUGGGCGUGUUCAGGGAUGACCCUAAGACCCGCGAGGAAUUCCUUACCCUGGUCAAAUAG